UCUCCCUCAAAACAACACAGAACUAAAUAAGUUUGCAAGCAGCGGCGGAGACACUCUGCUCAACACGUUCAUCUUUUCAGAAACUGUGUUGAAACAAACGUCUGUGACCUGCGGUAACCGGAGGAGAGAGACACGACGCCGAGGUGGGCCACCUGAUCCAGGGAGAGGGAUUUAUUUUCCUUCUGCAUUCCUGAUGGAGUCGUACAGAGUGACUGGCAUUCCUAACAGCGGACCACAGCGGGGCCACACUCAGCCGUCCCGCUCCUCCAGGCCCCACAGUAAUGGAGCUGGCACAUACGGUCUCAGCAUCCGUGUCCAGGGUAUAGAUGGACACCCCUAUGUAGUUCUCAACAAUCAGGACAGAGGUCCUCAAUCUUUUUUUGACCCUGACAGUAAUGGGUACAUCGACACAGAGGGCUCUUUUAUUGAGAACUACCAGGAGUAUGAUUUCAGGGUAGGAAAGGAGGCUGGAUCCAUCAGCCCCUUCAUGGAGUACAGGUCUCAGAAGAUGAGUUACACUGGCCCUCAAAAUGGCAUCACAGAUUCACAAGGAAAGAAACCAUCCACCCUUCUGAACUUUCAGAAGCACCCUGAGAUACUGCAGCCGUAUGAUCCAGAGAACAACUCCCUGAACAUCGACGGCUUCCACAGCCUUCCUUCGAGACCUCUGGCUGAGACUGGAAACCAGAGUUCCUCCUCCAGAUCUUCUGCACCUGAACCGUCCAGCGCCAGGUCAUCAAGCUUAGACAGGACAAAAACUCCAGUACAGCAAGAGAAACGGCAACUUCCAUCCCAGAGCCUGAGUGAAACGGCACCUCCUAGGCCUAAGACACAAUCCCAGUCUUCACCUCCAGCCCAGGUCGCUCAGCCUCAGUCCAGGCCGCACUCACAGCUGGCUCAGCCGCAAUCCAAACCACGUCUCGGCAACCUGAAUCCACCUCAGUCCAAGCCAGGCUCUAAAACUCAGCAGACACCAGUGGCUCCAGCUCAGCCACAGCCCUCCACGCUGUCGAGUCCCACCAGUGAGCAGAGGAAGUCGUCAUGCAGAUCCCCCACCUCAACCAACUCAAGUCUUGAACGCACCCGCCAUGAGCCUGAUGUGCUUCCUCUACGCAGGACCGACUCCAGUGGUCCAGUUCUUCAGUCCUCGUCCCGUUCCCGCCACUCCUCCUCAUCUUCCACCUCCAAGACUCCGUAUGAGGAGCAGUUGGAUGCCCUGUACUCAGAUUCCAUCAACCGCCACGAGAACCGCCGCUACAUCCCUUUCCACCCAGGUUCAGGCAGAGACAUCGACACAGGCUCCAUUCCUGGUGUCGACGAGCUCAUUGAGAAGUUUGAUGGCAAAGAUGGCAGCCACCAGCGCAGGGGCAGGGCGGGGCGCAGAAACAGGAUCAAUCUAGAGGACAGGAAGCGUUCGCGUAGCGUGGAUAGCGCAUUCGGCCUGCGAGAUGGCUCUAGUGACUUGGAUGGGUUUAGCCGCCAGCGAGGCACAUCAAUGGAACAUGUGCUGCGGCCCUCACAGCUACGGCUGCAGAAAACAACCGGCAGUCAGGACUCUUGGCUCAUGGUUGUAGAUGGUAAGAGCGAUUCCAGGGCUUCAUCUCGUGUUGCCAGCGCACCCGGCUCCCCGCAGAGCACCAUCUCAAAAGGCGCCGGCGCCAUUCAAGGUUACAAAAAGCCACAGACUCGCACCUCCUCACUGCCAUUCAAGAGUAAAGAGAGCGAGGACAGUGCAUCUUCAGCUGGAAAGGUUUCGACAUCAUCGCUGUCAACAUCGCUAUCAAAGCCGUCGUCCACUGCAGACAAAAAAUCCAGUGCAGAGGCAGGCGUUCAGAUGACACCUGAUCUUCUGAAAGGUCAACAGGAGCUUUCACAACAAACACAUGAAGAGACAGCAAAACAAAUUUUGUUCAAUUACCUUAAAGAUGGAAGCAACGAUAAUGAUGAAACAACGAAGCGAAAGGUCAACCUUGUCUUUGAGAAGAUACAGACGUUGAAGUCUCGGGCCACGGCAAGCGCACAAGGCGACAACAAAUCCCUGGACUUUGCUGCACAGACCAAAGCCCUACAGGAGCAAAAUGAAGAACUGGGGAAAGAAAUGAACGAAUUGAAGAGACAACUUGAGGAACAAACAAAGAAGAAUCAGGCUGACAAAAGGGCAGUUGCAAGUUUGAAGGAGCUGCAGCAGGAGCUGGAGCGGAGUGAGGAGGAGUGCAAACGCUUGAAGGAAAAACUAGCCAAAACAGAGGGCGAGCUCCAGACCACAGUGGAAGAGCUGUUCCAGGUGAAGAUGGAGAGGGAGCAAUACCAGACAGAGAUCAGAGAUCUGCAGGACCAGCUGUCAGAGAUGCACGAUGAGCUCGACUCAGCCAAGAAGGCAGCCACAGAUGGAGAGAAAGACAUCAUUAUGGCGGACAUGAUGCAGCUGAAGGUGGAGAUGCAGGAAGUCCUUAUGGCCAAGGAGGAGCAGGAGGAGGUGCUGAGGAGGCGAGAGAGAGAGCUGACAGCUCUGAAAGGAGCCCUGAAGGAGGAAGUGGCCGCUCAUGAUCAGGAGGUGGACAAGAUGAAGGAGCAGUAUGAGAAGGAAAUAACCAGGCUGCAGACGUCUUUGGUGGAAGCCAAGCAGAGCAGCGCAGCAGUGGUCCGUGAGAAGGCUGAAGUGGAGGCAGCCAAGGGUGCAGUGGAGGGCCAAGCAGGACGACUGACCCUUGAGACUGAGCGGCUGCGCAGACGGGCACAGGAGCUGGAAAAUGAGGUGGCCAAACUCAACCGCAUCAUCGAUGAGGCCAAGCUACAGGAGAGCAGGCAGGGGGACAGAGCCGGCCGACUGGAGAGAGAGAAAAAUCAAAUGGAAGAAUCUCUAGCUGAAAUAAAGGAACAAGCAGAGGAGAUGUCGCGUGCCAAUCGAGCAUUGACCGUUCGGUUGGAGGAUGUUCAGAGGAACUUUUCCAAACUGAGCAUUGAACACAAGGACAUGGAGGAGAGGUUACAAGAGGAGAGGAUUCAGAAGGAGAAGUUCAAGAACAUGAAGAACGACAUGGAGGAUGAGAGGAGGCUGCUGGACCGCACAGUGGAGAAACUUCAGAAAGAAAUGAAUGAUAUCGUUGAGGCGUCACAGUCGUCAACUUUGGAGCUCCAGGAGCAGAUUAAUAUUUAUAAAGAAAACAAUCGGCGGGAGCUGACAGACCUGCAGAGGCUUCUGAAGGAGCGAGGACAGGAGCUGGACAAGUGUCUGCUGGCUACCAAAACCCUGCAAGAAGAGUUGUCACACCGGGAGGAGGAACUGCGACAGUGUCAGAGGGAGCGAGAUGAGGCCGUGCUUACGGAGAAGACGCUGGAGGAAAAGGUUCGUGGCCUGGAGGAGGAGGCAGAGAAAAAGGCCAACGCUAAAGAUGACAAAGCUCGACACAUCAAACUCAUGGAGGACCGGAUCGCUCAGCUGGAGUUGGACCUGGAGGAGGAGCGUCAGAGUGGAGACCAGCUGAUGGACAGGAUAGACAGAGGAAGAGAGCAGGUGGAGCAGAUGAGGAUGGAAGUCCUGCAGGAGAGGGCUAGCAGACAGGACCUGGAGUGUGACAAGAUGGCUCUGGAGAGACAGACCAAAGACCUGAAGAGCAGAGUGGCUCAUUUAGAGAGCUCCCACAAGUCCAACAAAGAGGGCCUGGUGGCCCAGCUGGAGAAUCGCAUACAGGAGCUGGAGGAGAGGCUGGAGGGGGAGGAGAGGGAGCGUGCCAACCUGCAGCUGGUGAACCGCAGGCUAGAGAGGAAGGUAAAAGAGAUGAUGAUGCAAGGUGAAGAAGAACAUAACUCCUUACAAGAUCAAAAGGACCAGUUGAAUCUGCGUCUAAAGGCCUUGAAGCGUCAGAUGGACGAGGCUGAAGAGGAGAUCGACAGACUUGAGCACAGCAAGAAGAAGCUGCAGAGAGACCUGGACGAGCAGCAGGAGGUCAACGAGCAGCUCCAGAGUCAGCUCAAAGCUCUGCGCAGCGAGAUCAGGCGUAAGGGCAACUCUGCUCCACUGCUCAACACGCUGGAGGAUGACGACGAUGAUGACAUCAGCACCGACGGGGAGACGUACUUCAGCUCAUCACUGGGGUACAAGCGCUCCUCAAGUCAGGACAACAUCUUGUCGACAUUUACUUUGUAAAUGAACUCUGAGGUGGGAGAUAAAGCUACUUUAUAUGCAUCACUGUUGGACCAAAUAGCUGGAGAUCUGUGCCAUGUGCUUUUUUUUUUAAAAAAAAAACUGUAGAUAUUACACCAAAAACAUCUGUGUGAUAAAUUCCGGGUACAGUCUCAAUCUUAUUCACUCAGUAUUAUUGGAGCACCUCUGAGAACAAUGGAUGAAAUCAUAAAAGUCUCUAUGUUUUAGACCGUCCCGUAGAAAUUAAAUGUAUAUACUGUUUAAUUUUUGCAUUUCCCACAUUAAGUCUUAUGUAAAUUUGUCCUUUUUUACUCUGAGGGGAUUUGACUUUGUUAACAGAUUACACAUGAUUAUCCUAGCGUUAGCAAACUUGAAAACGCACUCUUUAAUGCACUGUAAAACAAUGCAACCAGUACUGCCUUUUGUGAACAAUAUGAGGUUAUUAACGCUGACUUUUUUUUAUGCCUAUCAAAUAUGUUAAAAUUACAUACAGUAUCUGAAUAUAAUUUUUUUAUAUCAUUCAGUUAAAUAAAAUAUAUUUACUUUUUUUUUAAAUGAUAAUCAAAUCCGAGUAUAUGAAGUGAGGAUUGCCAGGAUGUUUUUCUUUAUUUAUUCAUGGUUGAAUACACAAACUCCUGGCUCAAUGAGGGUUUUAGGGAACCAUAAAUGAGGGACUUUGUACACAUCCAUUUUAUACAGUUUUUUUAAUACAAAUCAUAGAUACAUGAAAAUAUUAUCAACAGACAUUUUUUUUGUAAAUUUAUCACACAGGUUACUCCAAAUAUUAGUGACACCACAGUAUUGUUUUUAUAUCCAAUGGAAAAGGCUGCUUCAUGCAAUCAUGUGGCAAUACCUUGAUUGAUGGUAUUUAGUCUUUUCAGUGAUUAUUGAUUAUGAAUCAGACUUCUGGCAGUUACAGCACUGGGCAAAGUCACACAUAUCAAAACAACUAUAUCUCAAGAUAUUUUUAAACUGGAAACAUUUUGAUUUAACUUCAUCUCUGGGUAUUUCUUUCCUGAUUGGGUCAGUGUGGACUCUUAAAUCGGUUUAAGUCUUUUUGUUUAACUUCAUAGGUGUGUUUGAAAGCCUUGCAAUGCUUUGUACAUGAGCAGGCCUCCCCCAGUUUUCCUUGAACUAAAUGAGGGAAUUUCUUCAGAUGAGAUAAACUGACGUUUGAUGUUUUGCUACACUGUGAUGAUUUGCACUCUCUGUUGGCUCCACGCUGAACUCGUCCAAGUCUGACGCCUGUGGAGGGAGAGUUAAAUGAGACAAAUUGCUGCCACUACCUCUCUGCACACAUUUGUAUGUUCAUAAAUCCUGCUGAAACUAAAAUAAAGUUACUUCCAGUUA